GCAAAAUUAACAGAAGAGUACGCACUUUCUCUCUCUAAAAAUCACCACAGUUCGAAAUAUAAAAUUACGCGGUCUCUCGCAAUCCCCCCCUCUUUUUCUCUCUCUAUCUUCCAGUAGUCCAUCAAUGGUGAUCUGAAAAGUAGAGAGAAAGAUAAUCUUAUCUUUGUGUGUAUUACUGGUUUGGAAUUUUUGCAGCAUUGUUUUUGCCCUAGGGACAUUGUAUUCAUUAGUCAUUUUGAGGAAGAAUAAGAUAUAGGUGCAGGCAUUGUAGAAAAAAUGUUGCCUUUUGAUUCAUUCGACGCGUUUUUGUUGGUGGCUAGCAGAGCUUGUUGUAGCCCCCUCGCGAUUUUUAUUCAGAUCCAGGUUAAAGAUUUUUGAUUUAGAGUGGCAGUUGGAUUGGACUGCAGGAGUUCUGCUACAUGAACUCAUGUAUAUUGAAUUUUAGUAGGGAUUUUUUAUUUGCUUAGCUCUUGCCCUUGGAUGGGCUUCAGCGGCUUAUGUCAGGCGUAGAGAGAUAAGACAGAUGAAGGAAAGUAUGAAACAUGGCAAUACCUUUGCUUUUCUAUAUCAUGAUAUAAAUGCCCUUGAGCAUUCUAAUCAGAUCAAUUUGCCAAGGGUUACCGUUGUCAUGCCCUUAAAGGGAUUUGGAGAACACAAUCUGCAUAACUGGAGAACUCAGAUUACAUCUCUAUAUGGUGGUCCCCUGGAAUUUCUUUUUAUGGUUGACACUACAGAAGACCCUGCUUACCAUGCUGUAUCUCGAUUGUUAGCAGAUUAUAAGGAUGACGUUGAUGCAAGGAUUGUUGUAGCUGGUAUGUCAACAACCUGUAGUCAGAAGAUUCAUAAUCAGUUGGUUGGGGUAGAGAACAUGCAUAAAGACACUAAGUAUGUCUUAUUUCUGGAUGAUGAUGUUAGGCUGCAUCCUGGGUCGAUAGGAGCCCUCACUGCUGAAAUGGAGAAAAAUCCUAAUAUAUUUAUUCAAACUGGAUACCCGCUUGAUUUACCAUCUGGAAGUUUGGGAAGUUACUGCAUAUAUGAAUAUCACAUGCCUUGUUCAAUGGGGUUUGCAACUGGUGGAAAAACAUUCUUUUUAUGGGGAGGAUGCAUGAUGAUGCAUGCAGAUGAUUUUAGAAAUGACCGCCAUGGUGUUGUUUCAGAACUUCGAGAUGGAGGCUACUCAGAUGACAUGACUCUUGCAUCUAUUUCUGGGGCUCAUAAGAGGCUGAUUACAUCUCCACCUGUUGCUGUUUUCCCCCAUCCUCUUGCCACUGAUCUUAACUUUGGAAGAUACUGGAAUUAUUUGAGGAAGCAAACAUUUGUUUUAGAGUCGUAUGCGACACCAGUCAACUGGAUCAUGAACCGUGCAUUAUUUUCGACGCAUUGCUACUUGUCUUGGGGAUUUGUAAUGCCAUACAUUAUGGCUGGGAUACAUGUAGCAGCAUCUCUAAGGUUUUUUUCUGAAGGGAACUCACUUGCCGAAACAGAUUUUCCAGCUUGCGGGUUGAAAUUGGUUGGCUGCCUUGUUUUAUGUUCAACCAUUGAACUUCUUUCCAUGUGGAACCUGACAAGAAUAGAGGUGCAGUUAUGCAAUUUAUUGUCUCCUGAGGCUCCUCCGUUAUCACUUGCAUCUUAUAACUGGUGUCUUGUAUUUGUUGCAAUGCUGGUUGAUAAUUUUUUGUACCCCAUAUCAGCUGUAAAUUCACAUUUUUCUCAGUCUAUCAAUUGGUCUGGCAUCCGAUAUCAUUUGAGAAAUGGGAAAAUAAACAAGAUUGAGAGAAACAAAGAGAAGGGCCCUAAGUUCACAGAUUUGGGAGGAAAGCAUUUAUAUGGUAAAAAAGGAGCUCAAAACAAUGCUUCUUUUCUCUCAUCUUUGUCCAGAAGUCUGGCUCAUUGGAGGCAACCCAAGAAAUAUGAUGUAUAGACAGACAAAGGGAGAGCUUUUAGGUACUACAGCUUGUGAUAAUUUUGUCUUUCAUGUUUAUAUUUAUCGCAAAACGACACCAGGAGGAAAAUUUCUUGGAAUUAUUUAUCAUAUCACCUGGUAUAUUUGAAGUGAGAGACCCAUCUUUGAUGAAUUUAAGUGGUAGCAGUUUUGCCAAUUUUUUCAAUUAUUGAUUCUUGAGGUUGGAUUGAGGCUUGUGUAAUUUUAGCGAUAUCAUUUUGUAACUUUAUGACAUUAUUUAUGCUCAAUUUUGUAACUUUAUGACAUUGAUUAUGCUCAACAAUACUUCAGUGCUGUUGAAUAGGAUAUCAAAAGAUGUAUUUUUGUUUGUAA